CCAAUCAGAAGCGUCAUUGCGCUCUGCGACCAGCGGAAGCGGACAGGUUAAGUUUCAGUUUCGAAAGCUCGAAAGAGAGCGCUGAUGCUGAAGACUGUGCAGUUAAUAAAUUAUAUAAUAACGUGUUGCUGUACUUACCAGUUCUAGUAAUGUGUGCGUGCAACUACCAAACCACACAUAAAUACUUUCUUUAAUAAACAUCCUAAAGAGAACAUCUUGUCAGCAUUCUGAUCAAUGCUCCGUGGUGGCUGCAACCAUUAAAGGACCACUCAAUUAUACAGUCCUUACCAAUCACCAUAACAAAUUUGGUCCUUCGAGCCGGAUUACGUGUGGUCAUCGUGGGAUUGUUUAGAGAUGUUCUCGGAUCAGUAUACACGCCCAGCAGAUGCACGACCCCGCCGAGAAGUCCGGCGACCAGCCUGGAUGGAAGACUAUGACAUCCCUCCCCAAGCAUUGCAGCAGCCCUCUCAUUUGCCUCCGCAAACAAAUCUGUCAGAGCAACAGCAGCCUUAUGACAGCAUAGUUAGAUUCCCAGAGAGAUCCGCCAGGAUGACGCCUCUCACACCCCGACUGCUGCAUGAGGAUGGGAAGGUCAUACAGGGAGCAGAGGCUGCCUAUUCCCGUCAGUUCGAGUAUUCAGCACCCCUCUAUGAGAGUACGCCUGCCUCGACCCGAUCGAGGCCUGCCCCAGAAACCGCGCCUGAGGUCCUAGAAGCUCUUCAUAAGUUGAGGGAAGAUAAUCAGAGGUUACAGCAACAGUUAAUGGACAUGCACAGGCGACUGGACGCCCGAAGUCCCCAACCAAAUGUACCAGCACUGCAACAGACAGCCCCUUCUCCUUUCCCCACACCAGCUCCCCCUCAACAGCAGUACAUAGAGCAGGAUGGCGCUGCAUAUCAAAUUAGGCCAAUACUGCCACCUGCACGAGUUGGUGGUCAUACUCUGCCUCCGGAUGAUGAUGACUGGCCACUGCCACCUCCCCCAAUAGCAGACAACACUUAUCAGCCACCAUCACAGGAUCUUAUGGCAGAGCUCAUAACAGCACUGAGAGACAUUAAGACGACACGUCUGCAGGAGUUUCCCAAUCGCCUUGAACCACCUUCUCCAGCGCGACCACAGACACCAGGGUAUUGUGUGCCCUACACCCCACAAAGAUGUGAGUCGCUGCCCGAAGAGUUGCAACCCUUCCCCCACCAUGAGCUAGUAUACCGUGGGCCUAAACCCACAAUCCCGGUAUUUGCCAAAGGAGAUCCGAGAGAGUUUGCCAGACUUAAGAUCGCUCUGGAGAACUUACUGCCUGUGGAUGCUACAGAGCGCUUUAAAUAUCAGAUUCUGGUGGAUCACCUGAAGUAUGAGGAGGCACUGUUAAUAGCGGAUUCCUACACCAACUCACUGCGACCAUAUACUGACACCAUGACAAGCUUAAUUGAGCAUUAUGGACAGCCUCAGCAGCUAGCGCUCAGAAAAAUUGCUGAUCUAAUGGAGGCCCCUAAUAUACCACGUGGUGACACCAGUGGGUUUAAGCGGUUCGCCCUGAAAGUAAGAGCACUCGUGGGGAUGUUAGACCAGCUUGGAGACAGUGGAAAGACUGAGCUUCACUGUGGUUCACAUGUGACACGGCUGCUGUCCAAACUGCCACACGAUAUACGAGCUGAAUUCAAGAGGUUCCUGUACCCAAUGCGUGUAACAAUUCCAAGCCUCUUGCACUUCUCUGACUGGCUUGACUACGAGCUGAAGAUGCAGGAGACGGUGUAUGAGCCUCUAACUAGUGAAAACAAAGGCAGAGCAGGACCAAGGGUAGACCGCCGCCGUGAGUCUAAGAGUGGCAAGAAUACCAACAUCAUGCUUACCACGGACCAACCCGAGAGCACACUGACAGUAGAGAAAGCCUUAUCUAGCACCAAGCAGCCAGAGAGGACAGCAUACUGCCCCUACUGCUCUAACACACAACACUUCUUAGAUAAGUGUGCAAACUUUGCACAGCUUACAGUGGAACAGAUAACAGCGUGGAUUAAGACCAACAAGAGGUGCUGGCGAUGCGGUCGCUCACAUCAGGCUGCACAGUGCCGCUUAAAGAUCACAUGUCACAAGUGUAAAGGUAGACAUCUGCAAGCUUUGCAUGAAGUGAAUAUAAAACCUGCAGCUGAGGAUACAUCCUGCCUUAUCAGCACAACUAAUGAAGUUCUGUAUGUAGACCGGCGGGCUGGAUGCAGCCAGGUCCUACUGAAAGUGAGUAAAGUGCUGCUGCGCAACGGUGAACACACCUUGGAGACAUAUGCUAUCCUUGAUGAUGGUUCGGAGCGGACCAUUCUCCUCUCUGCAGCAGCGCAGAGCCUCAAGCUUACUGGUGAACCUGAAAAUCUGAUCCUCAGAACUGUUCGGCAAGAUAUCAGGGUUCUGCACGGAACUGCAGUGUCAUUCUCUAUCUCUCCAGUAGACCAUCCAAAGAAGUCCUUCAAGAUAUACAGAGCAUUCACUGCUGAUCAACUCGGUCUGGCUGAGCACACUUACUCAAUGAAGGCACUUCAGAGGAAAUAUAAACAUUUAAGAGGCCUCCCCUUCCAGACGAUUAACAAAGUGCAACCCCUGCUGUUAAUCGGUUCAGAUUAUACACACUUAAUCACUCCAGUGGAGCCUGUGCGUUUGGGACCCCACGGGGGACCAGCCGCGGUAAAGACAAAGUUGGGCUGGACACUUCAAGGGCCGACCAGGUACACCAAGCAACAGGCAACAUCACAACAGUGUCUGCACGUCUCCACCCUCUCAUCCACUAGCGAGCUUCUACAGAGUGUAGAGAGAUUGUGGCAGCUGGAUGUUCUGCCUUACAGGAGUGAAAAGCUCGUCACACGCUCCAGGCAGGAUCAGGAAGCAGUCCGCCUGCUGGAGGCGAAGACUAAAAGAGUAGAGGUUGAUGGAAUUCAGCGCUACGCUACUCCCCUCCUCAGAGUGAAGAACAUGCCACUGCUUCAGGCACCUAAGGAAGCUGUGCUAGCUAAUCUCCGCAGUACAGAGAGGCGUCUGCUGCGAGACCCUCAAAGAGCAGCAGCAUACUGUGCAGAGAUUGGAAAGCUGGAAAAUGCGGGCUAUGCUGUUAAAGUGUCAGAAGAAGAGUUGAGCAAAGCAGCUGAGUCCUGGUUCAUCCCACAUCACAUGGUGAGCCACAACGGAAAGAACAGAAUUGUGUUCAACUGUUCCUACACGUAUAAAGAUAAAAACCUCAACAAGCUGCUAUUGCCUGGGCCCACCUUAAGUUCCAGUUUACUGGGUGUACUGCUGCGCUUCAGAGAGCAUGCUAUUGCUAUCAGCAGUGAUAUCAAGGGCAUGUUCCACCAGGUGAGGCUGCUCCCAGAAGACAAGCCCUUGCUGCGCUUCCUGUGGCGAGACCUGAAUACAGAGGAACCACCUAACAUCUAUACAUGGCAAGUUCUUCCAUUUGGCACCACAUGUAGCCCCUGUUGUGCAACGUUUGCGCUGCAGAAACAUGUGUUAGACCACAGCCAGCCAGGUGAGGAUGUUCGAGUGUCGAUAGAACGAUCAUUUUAUGUGGAUAAUUGUCUGCAAAGCCUCACAUCUGUUGAAGAAGCCCAUCACCUGGUCGAUAAACUGACUUCACUGUUGGCUACAGGUGGAUUUGAGUUACGCCAGUGGGCCAGUAACAACCCGGAAGUCAUCAGUCAUCUGCCCAAAGAAGCAAGAUCUGAGAGCAGUGAAUUGUGGAUCAAUGAGUCAGGCACUGACCCACAGGAGCUCGCCCUUGGACUCCGCUGGUUAUGCAAUUCAGACACCUUAAGGUAUAAAUACCGUAUGUUGGACAAAACUACACCCACCAUGCGAAAUAUAUACCGAGUUCUGGCACGCCUUUAUGAUCCCUUGGGAUUUAUAGUCCCCUUUACCACGCGGGCCAAAGUUCUGGUGCAGCACUUGUGGGAUAAACAGAGAGACUGGGAUGACCCUUCACUACCUGAGGAUGUGCUGCAGUCAUGGCUGACGUGGGAAAAAGAAUUGGAGCAUCUCUCCCAGAUUAUACUGCCUCGCUGCUAUGUGAGCCUUGAGAUGGACAGUUCAAACCACCAGAGAGACCUACACAUCUUUGCUGAUGCGUCAGAGAAGGCAUAUGGCUCAGUGGCAUAUUUGCGGACGGAGAGUUCAAACGGUAGAGAGGUGUCUUUUGUUGCUGCCAGGUCUAGGGUGGCCCCGAAGAAGCAGCAAUCAAUACCCAGACUGGAGUUGUGUGCUGCUCUGACAGCUGCACAGCUAGCUGCCCUAUUGCAAAGAGAGUUGACAGUUAAUAUCCGCAAUGUUGUCUUCUGGACAGACUCCACAACAGUACUCGCAUGGCUCCAGUCCGAUUCCUGUCGGUACAAGGUAUUUGUGGGAACACGGGUAGCCGAAAUCCAGUGA